CGCCGCGCUAUCUCGUCUGUUCACCUCGUGCUACUGGAGGAGCCAAAGACGACACACGACAUACAGCCGACAACCUCUAGAGCAUGGCGACGGCUGCUGCUGCUGCAACAGCGAUGUGCUCCGUUCCAGGCCCGAGCGGCAGCAUGCGGCGCCGGGCAUUCUGCACAUGGAAAAAAGCCGAUGCUCCGCGCGUCGCUUCUUCUUCCGUCGCGCGGGUCGUCAGGGCGUCCGCGGCGGCCGUGCACAGGGUGAAGCUGGUCGGGCCCGACGGGUCGGAGAGCGAGCUGGAGGUGGCCGAGGACACCUACGUCCUCGACGCCGCGGAGGAGGCCGGGCUGGAGCUGCCCUACUCGUGCCGUGCCGGGUCGUGCGCGACGUGCGCGGGGAAGCUGGCGUCCGGCGAGGUGGACCAGUCGGAGGGGUCGUUCCUGGACGACGCGCAGAGGGCCGAGGGGUACGUGCUCACCUGCGUCUCCUACCCCAGGGCGGACUGCGUCAUCUACACCCACAAGGAGGAGGAAGUGCACUAGCUAGACUGCUGCUGCUGCUGCUAUAGAAGAUAAUAUAUAUUCGAAUCCGAGAUUCCGAGUAGCGCAGGCAACAUUUGUAAAAUUGUAGACAGUGGCUACUCCAACCGUGGAUGUUCAGAGCGACGUACUGUUUUUAUCAAGUUCUACUUCUACAACUGUGUAUCUAGUCUAGGCUCCUCUUGGGUCGGUUCAUUUGUCGAACGUUUUGGUUUUUAACCCUCGCUCUAGGUUGGUGAACGUUUUGGUGACUUAGCACGGAGUACUUGAGAGACGGGUGACACAAGACGAAGUUCAGAAUUCCUUGUGUGUUUCAGUGUUUUUGUCUGUUUGAUAUACUGUCUACAAUAUAUGGAGGUUGCUUCAUU